AUAUGCUUCGGCAAAACCUAGCCAACCUUCUCUCAUCUAUUCUUCCCGCCUCUCCCUUUACCAUCGUACAAGCAGCGACUGAGGAAGAAGUUGCGGGGAACGGUAAUCAUGGUGAAGACUCAGCACGGUAUCAAAUACGCCGCCCACCUCAUUACCAAUCACUUUGGCAAUCUAGUUGGGAAAGUUUGUGAAUGUCUUCUCCGCAGAGGACCCCUAAACCUCCAAGCCAUAAUCCGAUUUACUGGUGUGAAGGAAACGUCAGUCAAGAACAGUUUACUCGUCUUAAUUCAGCAUAAUUGUGUUCAAUCUUUCCGUCUAAUUGAACCAGGUGGGCUGAAUAACGAACCGAAACAAAUUACUCAGUACAUUGCAGUGUUUGAUAACAUACUUCAUCGAAUGAGGUUUUCCAAAUUUUUGGCGAUUAUCUCCCAAGAAUUCGAUAAAUUGUGUGUGGACAUCGUCGAGGGUUUGCUUCAACAUGGUAGGCUUACACUGAAGCAAAUUGUUGAUAGAGCCAACAAUUACAAUAAGACAGGAAAUAGUAUAGGUCUGGAUGCUGUACAAGAAAGCCUCCGUAAACUUGUGACAGCCCGUUACGUUGAACACUGCCCCAUUCCUGAGCCAGUUCUUGAACCCCAAAAUGAAGAAGAUGCUCCUGCAAAGAAGCGAGGUGCUAAGUCUGCUAAGAUAGUUGUGGAACCAGAAACCUUAGAGCAGCGUGCUCUAGCAGCAGCACUGCCUAUGGAAGCAAAAAGAUUUUCACUUGUAAUGGAUAUUGAACUCAAUGAUGAUGGAGAAAAGGAUCAGAAUAAAUCCCCCGACAAACAUUCUGGAGACAAGCGCAAGCUUGAUGCUUCAGAGCCUGAUAUAGAUAGCGAGACUACAAAAGAUGAAGUAGUUCUUUGGCGUGCUAAUUUUGAGGAAUUUAUUCGUCGUCUUAGGCAUAAGGCUUGUGUUGAGAAUGUGAAAGCACGGCUGGAUGAUGGAGCUGCCAUUGUUGUAAGUGCAAUGCUAGAGGCAUCCAAAACUGAAGAGAAGAAAGUGAAAACAGCAAGUUCAGUUCCGCUGUCGGUGAAUUCCAUUUAUGAAGAGGUAAUUAAGUCUGAAAAAGGCCGUAACAUGACCUUUGAUCAUGUUAGAGCUGCCCUUGUUCAGUUGACCUCUCCUCCGUCAUUUGUGAGGGUGGAUGAUGAAUCAUAUAGUAUAGAUUUCAAGCAUACUAUUGAAGUAGCUCAGAGUGAUGAGGUGGAGUCAAUUGUGUUGAAAAGACAUGGAACAGAUGCUUAUAGAAUGUUUAGGUUACUAUUAAAGGCUGGUCGCCUACUUGAGACUGAUAAGAUUGCAGAUGCUGUAUUUGUUGAAAAGAAAGACACAACUCAGAUUCUUUAUAAGUUGUGGCAAGAUGACUAUCUGAUAAUGGAGAAAUUAAUAGCAGGGACAGCAACCUUCUUGUUGUGGAAGGUGAAUAAGCUCGUCCUUUGGGAACAUGUACUGGACGAGAUGUUCCACGCUGCCUUAAAUUUGAGUAUCCGAGUGGCUUAUGAGCUGGAACAGAAUAAGGAGAUUUUAGAUAUCCCACCUGACAAACGUGAGGGGCCGAUGCAAAAGAAGUACGAUAAUCUUAGAAAAAUGAGAAUUCUGAUGGAGUCAUCGCAGAUGAAUCUUGAUGACGCUAUAAUGCUCUUCCAUGACUUCUAAAAGGAUUGAUAUCACUGCCCGUUAUCAAUCCUCUCAAAUUUUGUUCAUCUUCUUCGAGUUAGUGGUUAACUGGAUUUUUUUUCUGUUCUUUUUACAAUUAUUGGAUAGACUCAUUCCGUCACUUCUUGUACGGACUAGCCAAUGAAAAUGAAAAUCUAUUUAAUUUCAUUGCAAUUA